CCUGCCUGACUGUUGGUGUGAGAGCAAGAACUCCAGAUUGUGGCCUCCAAGUCAUGGAAGCACCUUUGCAGACAGAGAUGGUGGAGCUGGUGCCCAACGGCAAACACUUGGAAGGCCUACUCCCUGUGGGCAUGCCUACCACGGGCAAUGAGAGGAUGGAGGAUUCCAGAAGGAGCUGUGUGGAAGGCAAGAGCUUCUUACAGAAAAGCCCCAGCAAGGAGCCACACUUUACUGAUUUUGAGGGCAAGACAUCGUUUGGGAUGUCAGUGUUCAACCUCAGCAAUGCCAUCAUGGGCAGCGGCAUUCUGGGGCUCGCCUACGCUAUGGCCAACACAGGCAUCAUUCUUUUCCUGUUCCUGUUGACAGCCGUCGCCCUGCUUUCUAGCUACUCCAUCCAUUUGCUCCUCAAGUCCUCAGGGGUUGUGGGCAUCCGUGCCUAUGAGCAACUGGGCUACCGUGCCUUCGGGACGCCGGGAAAGCUGGCAGCAGCUCUAGCCAUCACGCUUCAAAACAUCGGAGCCAUGUCCAGCUAUCUGUACAUUAUCAAAUCUGAGCUGCCUCUUGUCAUCCAGACCUUCUUGAACCUGGAAGAGCAGACUUCUGAUAAGAAGCCUAGUCUAGAUCUGAUGCGCUCAUUCCUCCUACCUCAGGUCAUCUACAAGAAGUUCCAAGUGCCCUGUCCUCUGCCAUCCAACUUGACCAAUGGCACAGGCAACUUCAGCCACGUGGAGGUGAUGGAGGAGAACACACAUCUGCAGGCAGAACUUGACGCUGCUGCUCUCUGUACCCCAAGCUACUUCACCCUCAACUCACAGACAGCAUAUACCAUCCCCAUCAUGGCCUUCGCCUUCGUCUGCCACCCUGAGGUGCUGCCCAUCUAUACGGAGCUCAAGGACCCUUCCAAGAAGAAGAUGCAACACAUCUCUAACCUGUCCAUUGCUGUGAUGUAUGUCAUGUACUUCCUGGCCGCCCUCUUCGGCUACCUCACCUUCUAUGACAGAGUCGAGUCAGAACUGUUGCACACCUACAACAAAGUGGACGCAUUCGACGUGCUCAUCUUGUGUGUGCGUGUGGCCGUGUUGACAGCAGUGACACUCACAGUACCAAUCGUUUUGUUCCCGGUACGCCGAGCUAUUCAGCAGAUGCUGUUUCAGAACCAGGAGUUCAGCUGGCUGAGACACGUGAUCAUUGCCACUGGCUUGCUCACUUGUAUUAACUUGCUGGUUAUCUUCGCCCCCAACAUCUUGGGCAUCUUUGGGAUUAUUGGGGCCACCUCUGCUCCAUGCCUCAUCUUUAUCUUCCCUGCUAUCUUCUACUUCCGAAUCAUCCCCACUGAGAAGGAGCCUGCUAGAUCCACACCCAAAAUCCUGGCUCUUUGUUUCGCCGUGGUUGGCUUCUUACUAAUGACCAUGAGCUUGAGCUUCAUUAUCAUUGACUGGGUCUCGGGGACCAGCCGACAUGGAGGAAACCACUAAGGAUGACUUCCAUCUACUUCUGUCUACACAUUCUAGCACCCCUGGUCCAGACUCUCCAAGCCCCUGCUCCCAUCCUGUGGCCAGGUUGGAGGGGGGGGUGAAGAGGGGGGGAGGAGAAAGACAAGGGAGACAGACUCAUAAACACCAGGGCCUUUGGCCCUGCCCACAUCCUCUUCUGUGGAAGGUUUUUGUUAAAGAGCCAGGAGCAAGGCCCUUCGGCCACCACCUGCUGAGAUCCUGCGCUGCAGGGGGGCUUCCUGAGCAGGGAACAGGGUGGGGUUGUGGCCUCAGAUCUCACCCAAACCCUUCAUCUCCCCCACCCCCUCCCACAGCUGCAUACACUGAAGUACAACAUCUGGCUAUUUAGGUGGUCCAGAAGCCUACUGGGACACUUAGAACUGGAACCCAGAGCUGGAAACCCAGCCUCCCCCCAACACCCCCUUCAUGGCCAGAGUUGUGCCCCAAGAGGGCUUCUGUCCCCCAGCUCAUUAUUAUUCCCUUUCCUCCUUUUUAACCUUUUGGCUCAUUUUAGAAAACUUGGACCAAGUGGCUCUUCUUGUCCUCUUCUAUCUCCUUCAUAAGAGGGGCUCUUCCAUACCCCAUAGCUUGGGCCAGGAGGUUCUGCUGUGGAUGGGGUAUACAUCUCCAAAGGGGUCACUGCCCCUGUCCAUUCACCAGUCCCAGGGAGGCUGGGACUCCCAAACUCAAUUCCUGGAUCCAUAUCUCACAUUCCACUACUAGGAGAAGAAAGGCUGAGCCCAGAGUCUAUCCUGCCCCUGGGAACCAAAGAUCCCCUGCGCCCCAAGACUGGGACAGGGGUGGGGAGGCUAACGGCCCUCUUUUAUAAAUAUUAUACAGAAGACAAGUUGUGCUUUUUU